AUGGAGGCGGCGAGCAGCACCAUGCUGAAGCCGGCCUACUCCACGCCUCACCCUCUUGCCGGCGAGAUGGUCCCUCUGACCCUCUUCGACCGCGCCACCUUGGACAUCUUUGUCCCCCUCAUCCUCGUGUACCCCGCACCGACUCCGUCCAACGAGGCGCUCAAGGAGGGCCUGCGCAGGGCCGUCGCGGUGUACCCUCACCUGGCCGGACGCCUCGCCGUCGACCACCGGAGCAGGCGUUUCAUCCACGUCAACAACGAGGGCGUGCUUGUCGUAGAGGCCGCCGUCCCCGUUGAUCUGGCGAGCGCGCUCACCGACGGCAGUUUCGUCACCAACACCGAUGGACUGUACCCUGCAGUGCCGCCGCCGGAGGAGAGCGUCGGGGCGGCCCUUCUACAGAUACAGCUCAACCGGUACAAGUGCGGCGGCCUCGCGAUCGGCUUCAGCAGCCACCACCAGGCCGCCGACGGCUACUCCGUUAGCAGCUUCCUCUCCACGUGGGCUAGCGCGGUACGCCAAGGCUGGAACUUCACCGCCCCGUCCCCUUUCCUCGAUCGCGGCGCGACCGCCGUUCCUCGGGCUGUGCCGACGCCGGUGUUCGACCACAGGUCCACCGAGUUCAAGGGACAAGGCGGCAGGUCGUACCCUGUCGUCUGCGAUCCCAUGUCCUCCAAGAUCAAGAACGUAACGGUGCGCUUUACGGCGGAAUUCAUCGCCGAGCUCAAGGCCCGCGUGGGAAUCCGGUGUAGCACAUUCCAAUGCCUGCUCGCGCACGCGUGGAAGAAGACCACGGCGGCGCGCGGCCUGAAACCCGAGGAGUUCACGCAGGUCAGGGUGGCCGUGAACUGCCGGGCCAGGGCCAACCCACCUGUGCCGCCGGAAUUCUUUGGGAACAUGGUGCUCUGGGCGUUCCCGAGGCUUCAGGCCCGGGACGUCCUGGGCUGGACCUAUCGCGGCGUGGUCGAGGCCAUCCGCGACGCCGUCGCCCGCGUGGACGCCGAGUACAUCCAGUCGUUCGUAGACUUCGGCAGCGUAGACGCCAACGGGGAGGAGCUCGUGGCGACGGCGGCGGCCAACGGCACAAUGUUCUGUCCAGACCUGGAGGUGGACAGCAGCCUGGGUUUCAGGUUCAAUCAGAUUGACUUCGGCACUGGGCCGCCCUCCGCGUUCGUCACGCCGGACCUGCCCAACGAAGGCCUCAUGAUCUUCUUGCCGUCGUGCGCGGCCAGUGGUGGCGUCGACCUCAUCAUGGCCAUCCCGGAGGAUCACGAUACGGCGACCUUCUACUCCUUGGAUGAAAGAGCUAAACCAAAGAUGUAA